CAGUGAGUGGUGAUCUCUCGGUUUGUGUGUUUUCGCCUUAUUUGUAUAUUUUAUUCAGGAAAUGUCUGAAAGUAUUAUUGCGAACAGAUACCAUUUUAACCGUCGUUGCUUCGCGAACCGUGACACGAUUUAUUCGACGUGCUAAAUUUAUCUCGGUAUUGAAGCCGCGUGAUGCAUUUGCAGCUUCGGGUCAUCAUAUGCGUGCAUAUGUCAUGUGCAGUUGCGUGUCAUGCUAAGACGACGAGUUUCUUGCAUAUUACUCACAAUGAGUCUUCCUGUCGAGUCCUUACAUUUCGCUUGUUCAUGAUUCAUGUGGAAGAAGCUAUUGGGCUUCUCUCAUGAAAGUACGAUGCCAGCCAAUGCGUAUAACUACCAACGCGUGCACAAGCUAGUCCUGAACUAUUGUUGGCGUCGGAAGUGGAUCUUUCUGAUUGCGUUGAUUUCGUGUGUCAUUGUUACCGUACUUUUCACGAGAUAUCCAACUGUUCACGAGGCAAACAUUGCAGAACGCGACACAUAUCUGGACGAUGUAUCCGAAGAUUUUUACCAAACUGUGCUACAAACUUGGUAUAACUUUUCCACCGGUGAAGAAUGGUAUAACAAAAAAAAUAUAUCCGCACUGAAUCCACAAACUUAUAACGAUCUAUUGACGAAUAUUCGACAGAAUUGGAUAAUAUGGAAUUAUAAUUCGAAUGAAUCGUAUAUUCUUCAAGAACCAGAUGUCAAAGAUCCAUCAAUGGGACAAUCGACUGUGAUACGCGAAAUUUUCAAUGAUAAGAAAAAUGGAUUUUUCAUAGAAUGCGGUGCAUACGACGGAGAAACGCGUAGCAACACAUUGUUUCUGGAGCGAUUUAAAGGAUGGUCGGGUCUUCUCAUAGAAGCGGAUCCUAUCAAUUUUACAAAGAUGCUUCAGAAAAACAGAAGAGCUUAUCUUUCGCCGACGUGUCUCAGCGUUAUUAAAAGCCCUACGGUGGCAUCUUUUCUCAUGGCAAGGAACAUAGGCCAUUUGCAUGAGCCUGAGAACACAACGGAAAAUGUACCCGCGAAUACACUCGAUGUGGCUUACAUGGGCGAACAUAUCCGCGUGCAGUGUUUUCCAUUGAUACUGUACAUCGCUGCAUUGAAAAUAAAGACAAUCGAUUAUUUUAGUCUCGAUAUCGAAGGAAAUGAGAUUGACGUGCUAGAAACAAUCCCUUUUAACGAGGUGGAUAUAAAGGCUCUGUCUGUGGAAUAUAUACACAAUCCGAAGGGCCAAAAAUAUUUGAUUGAUAUGAUGGAGCAGCGGGGAUACUACGUUUAUAGUUUUGUGAAACAGAUGGAUAACUUGGCAAAUGAUAUUAUUUUUGUAAAACGCAAUAUGAUGAAUGAGAAUAGAUGAAAUAAAAUCUCUAGAUCUUCUUUCAUUAAA